UUAGUCUGCUUCCGCUCCUGAGUUCCAGACACCGCCGUCCGCAGAGCCAGCACCGCGAGUCCAGCACCGCGAGUCAACAACCAGGGCGGAGCCAGCACCGCGGCGGGUCCAGCACCGCGAGUCCAGCACCCGGGCGGAGCCAGCACCGCGGCGGGUCCAGCUCCAGCCGAAUGGAACGCCCGCAGCCCGACAGCAUGGCCCUGGAUUUGUCAGAGGCCCUGAAAGAGGCCACCAAGGAGGUGCACACGCAGGCGGAGAACGCCGAGUUCAUGAAGAACUUUCAGAAGGGUCAGGUGACCCGAGAGGGCUUUAAGCUGGUGAUGGCGUCCCUGUACCACAUCUACGUGGCCCUGGAGGAGGAGAUCGAGCACAACAAGGAGAACCCUGUCUAUGCCCCCCUCUACUUCCCAGAAGAGCUUCACCGCAAGGCCGCCCUGGAGCAAGACAUGGCCUUCUGGUACGGACCUCGCUGGCAGGAGGUCCUCCCCUACACACCAGCCACGCGGCGCUAUGUGAGGAGACUCCACGUGGUGGGGCAGACAGAGCCCGAACUGCUUGUGGCCCACGCCUACACCCGUUACCUGGGUGACCUGUCUGGGGGCCAGGUCCUCAAGAAGAUUGCUCAGAAGGCCCUGGACCUGCCCCCCUCCGGCGAGGGCCUGGCCUUCUUCACCUUUCCCGGCAUCGCCAGCGCCACCAAGUUCAAGCAGCUCUACCGCUCCCGCAUGAACUCUCUGGACAUGACCCCCGAGAUCAGGGAGAGGGUCGUCGACGAGGCCAAGACCGCGUUCCUGCUCAACAUCCAGCUGUUUGAGGAGUUGCAAGAGCUGCUGACCCAGGCACCAGACCAUCCCCAGCAGGCCGGAGGCAGUGCCCAAGAUUCCACCCUCACGGAGACUCCCAGAGGGAAGCUGCAGCACAGUGCCCUCUCUCAAGCUCCACUGCUCCGAUGGGUCCUUACACUCAGCUUUCUGGUGGCAACGGUGGCCGUGGGACUUUAUGCCAUCUGAAUUCAUGCCUCCUGGUCCCUGGGGACCAUGAACUCUGCCCAGUGGAGGGCUUUCUUCCUGGAGAGGGAGAAGAUCUUGGCUGGUUUCCUACUUGAGCCUGGGAGGUCUUUGGGGGCUCCCAGCCCUCUCCCUGUGUCUUCCAUCUGGAAAGGAGGAAGAAGCCUGUGACAUCUUCUCCAAUGACAAGCACAUCCAGCUCACAGCCUCAACUUCUAAAGCAGGACAAGACCCAGCCCUCCCCUCAGCACCCUUGUUCCUGCAGCAGAGCCUGGACCAUGUGGCCAGAUGUGGCAGCUGUCCUGAGCCUCCCAAGGCCCUGGGGUUGUGGUCUUGUUGACAGCAAGGACCGCUUUCCUGUGGGCCAGGGCGAUUUUUAUAUACACACACAGAUGUCUGUUUGUCUCAUUUUUGUUGGAGCCACUCUUGGUUCCUGGCUUGGCCUGAUCUGUGCUAUUUUGUUGUUUUUAUAGCAGGGUUGGAGUGUCUUGGGGGGAGGUGGGAGGGGGUGUUGAACAGCACUGUGGCCUUAAUUGCUAACUUUUGUGUAAAGUAUUAAUAAUAAACAACAUUGACUGAUAGUAA